AUGAACCCCUCUUUGGACCCGGACGAGGCCGUGGUGCUGCUUGAAAAUAGGGGCUUCAAGCUGAGCCAUGUGAAGCAGCACGUAAGGAGGAACCACCAGCCCCCCAUCCUCUGUAUCCGGUGUGAUAGUCAAUUUGGCUCGGUGAGGGAACGGGAUCUGCACAUGCGAGAAAGGGUGCCAUGUCUCGCGCAAAGCCUCAUACGCGAAGUCGACUGGCUGACGCCUGAACAAAGCGAGCAUCUACGUGAACGAGCGUCUGUAAAUCAAUCGCCCAAGGAGCAGUGGUUUGAGAUGUACAAGAUGCUAUUCCCGAACUUUCCGGUGCCCCAGUCGCCGUUUGUGGAUGAUAGUAUGCAGAUGAGCGUCUUUGUGGACAGGUUGCGCGGUGAGAUGCCGGCUCUUCUUGCUUCCGGCAUGGCUCGCAUCCGUCAACACGGCAACAGCGAUGCCAGCGGGCAAGAAGGAUUACAAAUCAUGGUGCUGGAGGUGCUUCAGGGGAUUGAUCGCAUGCUGAUCCAGACACCGGAGCCGGAGCCGACUCUGGCUCGGGGGCUUCCAGAAGUGCAGCCAUCUGAGCCACAACAUUCUCCUGGAUCAGGGUUGCAUCCUGGGUCGUGGCCAUCUGAGCCGCUCUUGCCAACCAGUGCUGGGACGCCAAUGGACUGGAUUCAAACCGAGACAACGCCCGAGAUGCAGCCGCUCCAGCAGCUCCCUAUAUAUGGCAUGGACUACAACCAAACUUCCCACCAGCAGUCGCUGAUGUCGACGCCACAUUUUGAUGGAGAAUGGUUUUACGCCCAGCCGCCUCAGGUGUCCCAGCCGCUUCAGGUGCCUGGGCCGUUUCAACACGCACAGAUGAAUCAAAGGCCACAGCAGUUCCAUCCAGCACACAUGGCUCAGCGGGCAUAUCCGGCCCAGCAGGCUUAUCCGGCCCAGCAGGCACAGCCGAUGUUACUCCCGAACAGCUUUCAUAACAGCAGUCCAGUCCCACCGGGAUUCGGCAGUACCCCUGGCAACAAUGGCCAGAACUUCGUACAGAUGUUUAACAGCGCCCAUAAUGGUGGCACCAAUUUCCAUGGGGGAACCUACCCCCCAUAA